UCCGAGGUUCAGGAGGAAUCUGGCUGGAAACUAGUUCACGGUGACGUGUUUCGGCCACCAUCUUGGGGCAUGUUGCUAUCUGUCUUCCUGGGCUCCGGUAGUCAACUAUUACUGAUGGUCGUGGUCACCCUAUUUUUCGCCUGUUUGGGUUUCCUGAGUCCAGCAAAUCGAGGAGCUUUGAUGACCUGUGCUUUGGCGAUGUAUGCGUGCUCGGGCACAAUAGCC